CAAAGACACUCCUCCGUAUUUGCUCAAUUUUGUAAUGAAAAUAGAUGGAAUUGUACUUUUACAGCUCGUAACUAUUUGUACUAUAAUCAUCUGUUGAAAUGUUGAAGAGUAUUAAAGGAUAAUGUGCAGAUAUCGAAAAAGAACAAACGUAAAUCUGAUGACAAUUUGGAAAAUUCCACAGCUAAGACUAAAAGAAUGGAAACGAAGUUGCGUUGCACUGACUUGAUUGUACUCGGUUUACCAUGGAAAACUACCGAACAGAACUUGCGCGAGUAUUUCGAAACGUUUGGUGAAGUUUUAAUGGCUCAGGUAAAAAAAGAUGCAAAAUCCGGGCAAAGCAAAGGAUUUGGCUUUAUUAGAUUUGGAAGUUAUGAAUCGCAGUUGAGAUGCCUCGCUCAACGUCAUAUGAUAGAUGGCAGAUGGUGUGAUGUCAAGGUUCCCAACAGUAAGGAGGGAAUGAUUCAGCAAGUACCCUGCAAGGUAUUCGUCGGCCGCUGUACAGAAGACCUAACCGCUGAUGAUCUGCGAGACUAUUUCUCCAAAUUUGGCGAAGUCACGGACGUGUUCAUCCCGAAACCCUUCCGCGCGUUCUCGUUUGUCACUUUCCUAGAUCCCGAGGUCGCCCAGUCGCUGUGCGGCGAGGAUCACAUUAUCAAGGGUGUGUCGGUACAUGUGUCGAACGCCGCGCCCAAGUCCGAGGGCAAUAAUAAGAACUUCAAUAAUCAAGUGAAUUCAAACAUGAGGGGUGGCAGGGGCGCGCCGGGACCCGUUGAUAAUAACGUGCAAGGCAAUUAUCAGGGUAAUCGUUACAUGGGUCAUUCGGGCAACAAUAUGGGCCCAAACGGCUGGAACAAUCCGGGCAAUCGUGGCAAUCUCGACAUGCCGAAUUUGCAGGCUCUGGGUAUCACAGGGCAGAACAAUGGCGGCGGCGGAGGUGGCGGAAUGUCGAAUCCGUUGGCUAUGGGCGGGCUGAAUCUGUCCGCGUUGCCGGUCAAUCCGGCAUUGGUGGCCGCCGCCUUGAACCAGGCGUCCUGGGGGCUGAUCGGCAACCUGCAGAACCAGGGAAACGAUCAGGGUUAUUCGAAUCAGCCGGGUCCGCCGGGUCAGCCGCCUUCCGGUAAUAACAGCAUCGGUAACAGCGGUAAUUCCGGCUUCCUCAGCUGGAUGAAUCAAGGCGGCGGUGACGGCAAUACCGGCAACCCCGGCACCGGCGGCCCCGGGCCGAAUAACCCGAACGCAUCCCAGGGCGCCUGGCAGAAUCAUCCGGGCCAGCGCGAUCAAAAAUCGAAUACCUUUCUCAAAUACGAGUAAAUUCAGCCGGGGCCGUGGGUCUACUCGUAAAACCAAACGGAUCCUCUAUCCACGGGUCCCGACGCAAGAACCUUGACAAAUCUGAUGAAGGCAAAUGAGGGGCGGGUCAUCGGGUCGAGAGUACAAAAAACGCGCAUCGACCCCGUCAACAGGAUAAAGAGCCAGAGCCUAUAGUACGUUGACAUUUUUUCUAAUGUUUUGCACUAAUCUGCCACUACUGCGUGUAUUAUAAUAUUUCGAGACUCUCCCCACUCUCUUACUGGUUUGACGAAUUAGCACAAUUCCAAUUCGUUGAAAGAGUUUAGGCUUACGUGUAAUGCGUGGAUAGCUCUGAUCAUCAUGCGUGCUUUUGUGUGAUCUCUCUGGUGUGAAGCGUACGAUCUAACGGCUAAUGGGAAAAUCGAUAUGUAUGGUGUUAAUGUAUGUGAACGAUAUAGCGUUGCAAGAGAAUGUAAUUAUAUAAAACGUACAUGAAUGUGCUUUUAAUGUACCGUUUGGUAUAUGAAUGGUUUACGUAUUAAGAGUAUCUAGGAGACCUUUGAGUCCGAAGGAGACUUGCGCUAUUUUUGCAUUUAAUUAUUACAAUAAAAAACACAGUAUAAUAUAUAUAUAGAAAAAUAUAUAUACUUACAUAUAAAAUAAAUUACUAUUGCUCACUAUCGUAUAGAAAUCACAAAUUGGUAACUAGAGGACUACAUUUGCAUUAUUUCUCCGUUCUCGUAAUUAAACAUAUAGCAUUCGAAAUAUCGAGCAAUUAUUAAAUUAUCAGAAAUUUGAAAAUAGAUCAAGUGUUCCUUCGUCACACAAAUCUCUUCAAUAUAUAAAGAAGAUUUUAGAAGUGUAAAUACUUUCUAAGAGAUAAAUUAAAUUUGGGAUUUAAUCGCAUUUUUGAUUUAAUUGUUAGCCAUAGUUAACUAAGUUUUUUUUCCCCCAUUAUAUAUACAGUUGCGACGCAACUAAAGAGGAGACUGAAAAAUGAUCAGCAAAAUCAGUUAAUCAUGGCUAUCGAUGUAUCAAGCGCGAUAUGGCAAUAGACGCGAAAUCAAUUAACUGAUUUAUCAUGUUGAAUUGAGAGCCGGAUUGCUGGACGUUGCUAUUUGUAAAAAGCGUUUAUUUGUUAUUAUAUAAUGAGAUAUAUCAAUCGCGCCAUCGCAUUUUAACAAUGUUAGAAGCCACACAAGAUGUUUCUUUUGAACAAAGAUUUCUUGACCAAUUUAUAAAAUCAGUUUGACCUUCAUAUAUUCAUAUCGUAUAUAUUCCGCGGGUCUUUUAACUCGGGGAACGUAAUGUAAAUGUAAAUUUCUUGUUACCUGCAAAAACAAUUUUCGUUUGAAACGGAAUACUUUAUUCGAAAUAUUGCACACAGACACACACAUACAGUUGUGUGUUUCUGAAAUAUUUUUAUUUUUAGUUGUAAGAGCUUCUAGCAAAACUUUUUUUCGACGCAUAAUAUUUUCUUAUCUCACAAUUUUCUCUUCAUAACAUACUAGCCUAGCAAACCACUCUUACCACAUACAAUUCUUUGAAGGUGUCUAUUUUCAAAACUAAUGCUGAAUAAACGAUAUUUUAAUAACUCAAACGACGGUUACAUUGAAUAUCAUAAAAUGGACUGAUAUAACAAGAAACAUUUUGUAAUACAAAAAAAAAAGAUACAUUUUUAAUGUCUAAAAAGAUAAUCAACAUUGAGAUUAAAGUUCAAUGAUUAUUUCUUUAGACAUUAUUAACGUAUUAAAAAUUUUCUUUGAUUGUGGUGCAAAGUUACCUCCGUUGGCGCAAUCUUAUUAUAUCUUACAGUAGUUUCUUUCCUAUUUUGCGGAAGGUUGCCAAAACAUUGAUAAGAUUCUUUGACAGAGCAUAUAAAGCGAUCAGUAUGACUGCUUGAAAGCGUAUGAAUGUGUUUGAAUAACUCGCAAGACACCUAGAGAUUGAUCGCAGCUAUCCGUAUUGUAAAUUAUUAUACCGAUUUUUGAACUUUUGUUUCAAAUAUCUUAAAUAUAACACAUAAGUAGUCUAUUAUGUAAGAAUUUUACACUGAUGUGUGCAAGUGUGUCAAAAUUAUUGAUUGGUUGCGCGUGAAAGAAGGCAUUUGAAUUGAUCAAAUUUUUCUAUCUUAAUUGAACGAGUUCUCAAGGAAAUCACAGAAAACGAUUUAGAUGUCUUUAACGUAUGUGUAUAAUGUGCUGCAAGUUUUGAGUGAAUAUCUUUGAUAGUGAAGACUUUCAAACUGUUUUUCCUAUGAUAAUAAAAAUAAUAAAAGAAAUAGCUUUACACACAGGUUGAGAAUAUUUAUUUUUAAAAAAAAAAAAACGAAAGAAAGAAAAAGAAAGAGACAAGUUAGCAACACACGAUGAGCAAGAAUGCAACUCACAUCUCACAAUUAUAGUCAAUAACUUUAACAUAUGUCGUAAUUAAACUUAAAAACCGCAUUCAUCACCGCGUUAUCACUGUGUACGCUACCAUUAAAAGAAUAAUUUAGAUUGAGACUCUCUCAGAGAGAAUACACUAAUUAUCUAAUUAUAUUAAUUGAAAGAAUAAAAUAAUCCUUGUAAGAGGUG